CUGAUCAUAAGUAUCGUGUAGAGAUCAAAGUUGCUCGCAGUCGUCUUUAUCUUGCUCUAGAGUAGUUUACUUUUUAUUCGCCAGUAUCUAUUUUAAUAGUGCUAUAAACAACUCUCGUAUUGUUUGUUUUUUGUCGUAAUUGAAUCAUUGAUGCAAUGAGAUUGGGGAUCAGAAUAACAUUAAUAUUACUGUCGUUUUGGAGUCAUUUUGAUACAGCAACGGAUACGAUCCCCGAACAAAAUGUAUUCAUGGAGGAAGCAAAGUGGCUCACCUUGAAACAAUCGAACAACACCAAAUUCAAUCCAGAUGUUUUUCUCAGCACACCGGAAAUGAUAAUAAGAGCGGGUUAUCCCGUGGAAAAUCACGUCAUAAUGACGGAAGACGGCUAUCUUUUGACAUUACAUCGUAUCCCAGGUGGGAACAGCUCUCUACCUGUAUUAUUGCAACACGGUCUUUUAAGUAGCUCCGCCGAUUGGGUCAUUCUUGGCAAAGGCAAAGCACUCGCUUACCUAUUAGCUGAUCAAGGAUACGAUGUCUGGCUGGGAAAUUUCCGUGGUAAUCUUUAUUCGAGAGCGCAUAUUUCCUUAUCUCUGUUGAAUUCAACAUUUUGGGAUUUCAGCUAUCACGAAAUGGGCAUUUACGACAUACCGGCGAUGAUUAAAUUUAUCGCAAAUACAAGAUCGCAACCAUUACAUACGUACAUUGGUCAUUCAUCAGGCACAACCACUUCUUAUAUAAUGGCGUCAAAGAGACCGGAAAUCGCUCGAAUGGUACGAAGUAUAAUCAGCUUCGGCCCAACAGCCUUUAUAGACCAUAUGAAAGGUUUGCUACGAUACAUUGUUCCCUUCUCGAGGGAGCUUCAGAUGAUGAUGAACACUUUAUUUAACGGCGAAUUUCUGCAGAGAAGUUGGACUAAACUUUUUCGGGAUUUUUGCACCCGAAAUUUUUUCAUGCAGGAAUUUUGCGUCAACCUGAUGUUUAUGUCGUUUGGUUACGACUCCGAACAGUUCAAUUACACUCUGAUACCUCUCAUUACAAACCACGACCCAGCUGGAUCCUCGGCGAAGACAUUUCUUCACUACGUUCAAGCAAUUCAGUCAGGAAAAUUUCGCGAGUACGACUACGGUAGCGAGAAAAAUCUGUUGAUGUACAACUCCGUGGAAGCUCCGGAUUACGAUCUAACGAAAAUCACAGUACCGAUCGCUUUGUUCUACGGCAAAAAUGACUUUUUGUGCGACCUCGCUGAUGUGAAGAGGUUGUACAAUUUACUGCCCAACGUAAUGGAUUUAUAUGAAAUACCGUUGCUCAAUUUUAAUCAUGUGGACUUUAUAUGGGCCAAGGAUGCGCCAAAACUAGUGUACGAAAGAGUUUUCACGAUCAUCAAAGGGAAGAAUCCAAAUAAUGUUACGUCUAUAGAAAAUUACGUACCGUGCAAAGAACAAACGUUUACUUGGAGUCGUAUUUUUCUUGCUUUCGCGUGUUUUAAUUUUUAUUCAAUAAUAUAUAUUUCUACAUUUGGAAAACACUCCUGUUGUUUGCUUCUUCUUUCUUUAUUGUUAAUUGAAUUAGUCAGUGAUGCGAUGAAAUUGAUUGGAAUCGCGUUUAUGUUAUCGUUUUACGGUUGUUUUGAUGCGGCUCCGUCGGAUACGAUUCCUCAACGAAAUGUAUUCAUGGAGGAAGUCAAAUGGACUACCUGGAACCAAUCGAACAACACCAAAUUCAGUCCCGAAAUUUUUCUCAGUACGCCAGACACGAUAAAAAGGGCGGGUUAUCCCGUGGAAUCUCACGUUGUUAUGACGGAGGACGGUUUUUAUUUGACGUUACAUCGUAUCCCAGGUGACAAUGAUUCUCUACCGGUUUUACUGAUACACGCUCUUUCACUUAGCUCCGUCGAUUGGCUCAUUCUUGGCAAAGGCAGAGCACUCGCUUAUCUAUUAGCGGAUCAGGGAUAUGAUGUUUGGUUCGCUAAUUUUCGUGGCAACAUCUAUUCAAAAAGACAUACUUCCUUAUCUCCGUCGAGCUUGGAAUAUUGGGAUUUCAGCUUUCACGAAAUGGGUGUCUACGACUUACCUGCGAUGAUUGAAUUUAUUACAAAUAUGAGAUCGCAACAAUUGCAUUCGUGCAUUGGUCAUUCGUUGGGCACAACCACUUUUUAUGUAAUGGCAUCAGAGCGUCCAGAAAUCGCUGGAAUGGUACAAAACAUGAUCAGUCUCGGACCAACAGCCUUUAUAGACAAUAUGAAAGGUUUGUUUCGAUACAUGACUCCCUUCGUGAAGACGAAUCAGAAACUGUUGAAUAAUUUCUUGCACGGCGAAUUUAAUGUGAACAGUGAUAUUUAUAAAAAUUAUGUGCAAUUUUUCGACCCGACUUUUCUACAUGAAUUGUUCGUACACCUGAUAUUUUUGAUAUGCGGUUUCGAUUAUGAACAACUUGAUUACACUCUGGUACCUAAUAUAUUGGGUCACGACCCAGCUGGUACCUCGAUUAAAGCAUUCGUUCACUACGCUCAAGUACAUUAAUCAGGAAAGUUUCGCAAAUUUGACUACGGUAGCGCGAAAAAUUUGCUGAUGUACAACUCGGUGGAACCUCCGGAUUACGAUCUAACGAAAAUCACGGUACCAAUCGCUUUGUUGUACGCCAGCAAUGACUUGGUGGCCGACCCUGUUGAUGUGAAGAGGUUGUACGAUUUACUACCCAACGUAAUAGAUAUGUACGAAGUGCCGUGGCCCAAAUUUAAUCACGCGGACUUCAUAUGGGCCAAAGAUGUGGCAAAACUCGUGUACGAAAGAAUUUUCCAGAUCCUCAGAGGGGAGAAUUCACAUAAUGUUACCUCUAUAUUAUGAAUAAUAUGAAUGUAUAUGUUACGUUAAUAUAAUAAAAAUAAUACAGAACUACGAUUGAAGGCAGCUGUAAUCAUUAAUUUAGCGAAAUAUAAAUUGAUAAUGUUUUAUUAUUAUUUACAAUAUAUUAGUAACGUUGCGGAUUAUAAUAAUACAUGUAUUUUUAAACAAUGGUUCCGAAUAAUUUAUUCUU